AUGCCUUUUGGUUUUUGCAAUGCUCUAGGAACAUUUCAAAAACUUAUGGAUAAAAUACUCAGAGAAUGUAAUGAGACUUUUGCCAUCAUAUAUCUGGAUGAUAUUAACAUAUACUCCAGUUUAUUCAAAGAUCAUUUAGAACAUCUAAAAAUUGUUUUUCAUAAAUUAAAGGAAGCAGAAUUAAAAUUAAAUCUAGAGAAGUGUACUUUUUUAAAAUCUGAAAUUAAUUAUCUAGGUUAUAUAAUUAAUAAGGAGAAAAGCAAAACACUUUACCUUGAUUAUAAACCAUGCCACCCUCAAAUAGCUAUAUACUAG